CCUUGUCGCUGCUAAAAUGUUCCUUCUGGUCUAUUUCCUUGUCCCGGUUCGCGUAAACGGGACAAUCCUCCUCUCUGAUCAAUUCACCGACUGAAGUUUCACAUAAACCAGCGCGCGUGUAGAGCUACAGUGAGAGACACGCACACUCUCAGCCUUGAAGUUAAAUUGUUGGAAAGCAUGUCGAGCUCGCUCUGAUAUCAGAGAAAUUGAACUAAGGAGGAUAAUUUAACAUGGAAUUACCAGUGUGGAUUAACUCGCGGUAAAGCGGUAAAAGAAAUAGGCGCCCGUACUUGUCUGUGGACAUGAAUAUAUGAACCUGCUCAGCAUUCUGUAGCUGUGGAGCUGGUUUAUGAACAAUAGGUGGUUCUUCCACGCUUGGGAUUUUAGUUUAGUGUGUAACCGCCACGGAUAGAAUGAACAGCUCUGGGCGCGUGGCACUGGCGCUGUUGCUCGCGCUGCUCGUGGGCUUUACACGGGGCACACAAGGCCAUGUAAUGUCCGCCAAGGUGGUGCGGUCUUCUAACGUGAGGCAACAUGACUUGUACCGGAAAGAAGAGGUCGUCACGGUAACGGCAACGGGAGGAGUCAUCCAGAGCCCCCGCUUUCCUAACGCCUACCCCAGGAACCUGCAGUUGUCAUGGAAACUACUGUCGCCCCACAACACCCGCAUCACCCUGGAGUUUGACUCCCACUUUGCACUGGAGGAACCAGAGAACGAAGUCUGCAGAUAUGACUUUGUGGAGGUGGAGGACAUCUCAGAGACCAGUACUAUUGUCUGGGGGAGAUGGUGUGGUCAGAGAGCCCCCCCUCGUCUUACCUCCAAAACCAACACCCUCAAAGUCUCCUUCAAGUCAGAUGACUACUUCGUGGCAAAGCCUGGCUUCAAACUCCACUUCUCUCUACAGGAUGAUUCUCUUCCUGCAGCGUCAAAGACUAACUGGGAGACUGUGACCCUGAUGGAGGACAGUCUGUCAGUGUUGGCCCCAGUGGUGACUGGUGUUCCUCUGACAGCAGCGGCGUUGGACCAGACCAUAGCAGCCUUCAACACAGUGGAGCAGCUCCUCCGCCACCUCAACCCUGACAGCUGGAGACAGGACCUGGACAGCUUGUACAGAGAGACAGCUAUGUACAGACCCCGGGCCUACCAGCACAACAGACAGAACAAGAUUGACCUGGACCGUCUGUAUGAUGAUGUGAAGCGCUACAGUUGUACACCUCGGAACUACUCUGUCAACCUGAGGGAGGAGCUGAGGGCCACCAACGCCGUGUUCUUCCCACGAUGCCUACUGGUGCAGCGCUGUGGGGGGAACUGUGCCUGUGGGACGGACAACUGGAACGGCUGUACCUGCAGCCCGGCCAAGACCAGUGACAAACUACACGAGGUGUUGAAGUAUGCUCCUGAGGUGGGAGGUUAUUCACGACGUCAGACAGUUCGUGUCAGCUGGGCCCUAGAGGAGGUCCACUUGACGCACCACGAGCGCUGUGACUGUGUUUGUUCCUCCAGACCACCCCGCUGAGAGACAAUGGGACAGGGGGACACAGCUCUGGGACUGUUUAUAUCUCCAUCUCUCUCUCUCUGUAGUGCUCCCCUGCCAUCAAUCCACAUACCAACCAUACCACAGCCUUCCCAUACCCCUCUUCUGGUCAUGAACUGUGCCCUGCCUCCACCCAGCCAAAACCCAAAUGUACCCCACUGAGGUAUGACCCCCCCCCCACUGCCCGAGCCCCCAACAUCUGAUCCACUGAGGUAUGACC